UAGUGCAUAGUAACGGAAAUAGUCUGGUUUGUUUUAUUUUUGGAGAUCUGUGAGUCUGUUCCUGUAAAUGCAGGUGUCUGCUUCGAAAAGCGACAUUUAUUUAAUUUUCCUUGCAUUAUAGAGUUCAAACCAGUAAUGAUGGGACGACUUGGAAACUUUGAAAACAUAAAAAACAGACAAACAAUACACACCUCCAAUUCGUAUUCAGUUUUGGAUGUCGAAAUCGACACAGAUUUUCAUGAAGCUUGCAGCUCUGGGCUCUGUGAUGCAACAGAGAGAGAAAUACCUUUGUAUAAAUACAGUGAAAUACCAGACUUUUUACAGGGGAAUCCUUAUGUUGUCAGCGGAUACAGGGUUUCUCUACCAUUUAAUUUAUGUUUGAAAAGCAUUUUUAGAUGGAAUAAUGAGACAGUAAAUGUUUGGUCACAUUUAGGUGGAUUUUUCAUAUUUCUGUACUUAUUGUUACAUGACAACAUAAUCUAUAUACCAAGAUUUAGUGGAUCUUACACAGACCAUGUUAUGGUGUCAUUAGGACUUAUAUGUUAUCAGUUUUGUAUGUUAUGUUCUGCAGGGUUUCACAUGUUUGCCUGUCACUCAGCGAAGGCUAGUAAGCGAUGGUUAGCAGUAGAUUUAGCAGGAAUAUCUAUAGGAGUCAUUGGUUGCUACCUACCAGCAGUACAUUAUGCUUUUUAUUGUUUAUCAAUAUGGAGGGAUAUUUAUUUAAUAACAAUUACAAUACUAACAGUAACAACGAUGGUUAUACAAUUACAUCCACAUUACUUUAGUCACCGAUGGUCCAAGUGGAGAAUUGCUAUCUAUAUAGGACUAGCAGGAUAUGGAAUUAUACCUACCAUUCACUGGAUUUGGUUAAAUGGUGCAUCAGCAGAAAUUGUACAGUUAUUUGUGCCAAAGGUUACAACUAUAUAUAUCCUUGGAAUGAUAGCUUUAGUAUUGUAUCUUAGUAAAUUUCCUGAAAGAUUUUAUCCUGGAGUAUUCGACUUUAUAGGAUCAAGCCAUCAAUUGUGGCAUAUAAUUGUUGUUUGUGCAUUUGUAUUCUGGCAUUAUGCAGGACAGGAAAUCCUCAAGUAUAGGGUGGCACACCCAUGUGUAUGAUGAUGGACCCACUUAGGAAACAUGAAUAUUUAUAUUUAAUUUAUUGUUAAUGAAUAUUUUGUUAUGAUACAUUGGCAAUCACAGGGAAAAAUGUACAAAUUAUUGCAUUUUAAAUUGACAAUCAUUCCAUUUUUUAGUAGAUACACAUGACAAAGUAAGACAUAAAAUUGAGAAUGGAAAUGGGGAAUGUGAUUCAGUAUACUUGAACCAUUUUCAAGACCUUUCCAUGUUUUUUUC